AUGGCCUCCGCCUGCAUAUCAACUAAUUGUGUUAACGAAAUUGCCAGAGCACCAAUAAGACCAACAUACUUGAACCUGUAUAAAUGGCCAGAAUCUGACGCUGAGUUCAUAAAAUCAGUCGUCAGUUCAAGGAUAAACAACCAAUACAAUGGCAAUAUCAAGUGCAGUCAUCCCAGUAAUCCGACGGUGUUGGAUAGCAUUUCAUACAGACAAUUAUACUUAAGAAGCUAUCCGUUUUCAAAAGAAGAGAGCGUUUGUGAAAAAAUAGUACUGAAAUACUAUGGAAUAAAACGAAAAGCUCGUAAUACUGGUGAUAAUUCAAGUGGUGCCCAGAGUCGAAGUACUAGGGAAAAUAUAAAUGGAAUUAGAAAGGCUAAGGAGAUAUCAUGCGCUGCUUUGUAUUCCAUUUUUCGAAGGCUAUUAUCUUGCACAGUCAAGGUUGAUGUGGUUGAUUAA